GGGGCGUGCCGCAGCGGCGGGCGGGCCCCGCUCCCGGCCCCGCUCCCGCUCCCGGUGGCGGUGCAGGUGGCCGGGCCGCACCGGAGCGCGCCGCAGCCCGGCCACGAUGCUGCGUCUGGCGGCCUUCGCAGCGCUGCUGCUGUUCUUCAGGGUCAGCCUGGAGCUGUCCUGGGCCCAGGCCAUCCCUGCGCUCUUCGUCUUCUACCUGGGGUCCGGGGGAUGGGACUUCUUCCUCAUAUUCAUCAAGACAGUACGAAGGGAUGUCACCACGGGGCUGGUCCUGUUGCGGGUGAAGUGGCAGGUGUGGAGGCACGUGAAGGAGAAGAACACAAUCGCCAAGAUCUUCCAGAAAACCGCGAGCAAGUACCCAGAGAAGACAGCGCUGAUCUUCCAAGGCACCGGCGAGAGCUGGACUUUCCGGCAGCUGGAUGAGUACUCCAACCAAGUGGCCAAUUUCUUCUACGGCCAAGGCUUCCGCUCCGGUGACGUGGUGGCUCUGUUCAUGGAGUCCCGCAAUCAGUACGUGGGGCUGUGGCUCGGCUUGGCCAAGAUCGGGGUGGAGACGGCCCUGGUGAAUUCCAACCUGCGCAUGGAGGCCUUGCUGCACUGCAUCACCAUCUCCAACUCCAAGGCUGUGAUUUUUGGGGUGGAGAUGAUGGAAGCUAUGCAGGAAGUCCAGCCCUCCCUGGAGAAGUCUAUCCAUCUCUACUGGUCAGGGGAAGGAAGCCCCGAGUCUGCACUUUCUGGUGCAAAGCACCUGGACCCCCUCUUGCAGAUGGCCCAGCGGCACCAGCCAACCCCCCCCGACAAGGGCUUCCUCGAUAAACUCUUCUACAUCUACACCUCCGGCACCACAGGGAUGCCCAAGGCUGCCAUCGUGGUGAAUUGCAGGUACUUCCGCAUGUCCAGCCUGGUUUUCUACGGUUUUCGCAUGAGGCCCGAUGACGUGAUGUACGACUGCCUCCCGCUGUACCACGCUGCAGGGAACAUCGUGGGGAUCGGGCAGUGCUUGCUGCAGGGCAUGACGAUCGUCAUCCGCAAGAAGUUCUCGGCCUCGCACUUCUGGGAGGACUGCGUGAAGUACAACUGCACGAUCGUGCAGUACAUCGGGGAGAUCUGCCGCUACCUGCUGAACCAGCCCUACCAGGAGGUGGAGCGGCAGCACCGGGUGCGCAUGGCGCUGGGCAAUGGGCUGCGGGCUUCCAUCUGGCGGGAGUUCAUGGCCCGCUUCGGCAUCGCCCAGGUGGCCGAGUUCUACGGGGCCACCGAGUGCAACUGCAGCCUGGGAAACUUCGACAACAACGUUGGGUCCUGCGGCUUCAACAGCAGGAUCCUGCCAGGGGUGUACCCCAUCGGCCUGGUGAAAGUGGACGAAGACACCAUGGAGCUGAUCCGGGGGCCAGAUGGUGUCUGCAUCCGCUGCCAACCAGGGGAGCCGGGGCAGCUGGUGGGCCGCAUUGUCAAGAGCAACCCCUUGCAGCACUUUGAUGGCUACCUGAAUCAGUCAGCCACCAACAAGAAAAUCGCCAGGGACGUGUUUACAAAAGGGGACGCUGCCUAUCUCACAGGGGAUGUCCUGGUGAUGGAUAAAUAUGGCUACAUGUACUUUCGGGACCGCACUGGAGACACGUUCCGCUGGAAGGGGGAGAACGUCUCCACUACGGAGGUGGAGGGGACGCUGAGCCGCAUCCUCAGUCUGACAGACGUUGUUGUUUAUGGGGUGGAGAUCCCAGGUAUUGAAGGGAAGGCAGGAAUGGCAGCCAUCGCUGACCCAGACAACUCUUGUGACUUGGAGAGCUUUGCCAGCGAGCUGAAAAAGGCCCUGCCGCUGUACGCGCGGCCCGUCUUCCUCCGGUUCCUGCACGAAGUCUCCAAGACAAGCACCUACAAAUUCCAGAAGAUGGAGCUGCGUAAGCACGGCUUUGACCCCUCGCUCGUGAAGGACAAGUUGUACUUCCUGGACUGCAGGCAAGGCCGCUACCUGCCCCUGGACCAGGAGGCGUUCAGCAGGAUCCAGUCGGGACAGCAGAAGCUGUAACCAGUGGGGCUCGAGCAAGGCACCUCCCCAAAUCCUGCUGGGGGAGAGAGGGCAGGGCAGGCACUGGGGAAAAAAAAGGUUCAAGGAGCGGUAUAAAGGCACGCUAGAGAUUUUAUUUAACGAGUUUUACAGAUAACGGGUUGGGGGAAUGCAGGGGGGACUGAGGGGAGGGGGAUGGUUACAUACCAAAGCAUAGACUCAUUAUGGCUUUAUUUUCUACUUGGUACAGUGGUGGCGGUCCUGUGCCAUGGGAGGGGCAGGGCCCCGGCCAGUUGAGGAGGAGUGGGGUGUCCUUGCCAUUCCAUUUUGCUUUUCCUGUCUUUCCCUCCCUUUCCCCCCUGCCUGCAGCAACCCUUCCUUGUGAAGGCCAUGAAGGGACCAGUGCUGGGCUCUUUCCCCACUCUUCCACCAUGCAGCCAGCUCCUCCUUGGCACAGGGCCCCAACUGCCAGAGGGAAGCUGGGUGCCAGGCGCAUCCCCUACCCCUGCGUGGCCCACUGGUGUCGUGUUUUUGCUGUGAAUCAGGGGAGCAGGGUAGUGCUGGGCUCAGGAGAGGGAAAGAGAUGUGUUUCUACCAUGCCUUGCUCUCUUCUGGGGAUGACAUUUCUAUUUUUCACAAUCACACGCACAUUAUAUUAUAUACAUAUAUAGAUAUAUAUUAUACAUGCUGACUUUUUUUUUCCAAUCUUAAUUUAUUGUCUGUACUUUUGAAUGUGUCCCGGGUUUGUGCAGUAGAGGGAGGGGCAUCCCAGACCUGUCCUCUCUUGGAGAGCCCUUUUCUCUCGCAGGGAGAUGAGACGCUCGUCUGGGACUGAUCCUCCUCUUCCAGCUUGGGCGCAGCCGUGUAUGUCCUUGUGGCCUUGCUCCAUGGUGAAGGACAUGAGCGACCCCUGCUAUCUUGUGGACACUUCUCUGGGUCUCUUACUUCCACCUUUCAUGGAUGCAGCUUUGUUUUGUGCACCUUCAUCCUUGCAGAAAGCAGGCGGACAAGUGGGAAUGAAGGGUCUGGUUUGCCUUUGCUUUGACAUACUCAGCACUUUGGGAUCACAGAGAAACUCUUGGGGCUUUCCUGCUGCGAUGUCUGUGCCGUGAACACAGGAGAGGCAACUUGCCUAGAGAGGAGAGAGUUCUCCAGAAGGUUGUCUCUGUGACAGCCUGACUUCCUGUGCUCUGCAUCCCUUCCUGCAAGAGCUCUCCCCAUCUCCACUGCAGGAAACAGGCCUCUGAACUGAAAUGUCCAUGUUAAACACCUGACUUGUGCUAUGUGAAUUCCCUGUGUUGUGUCUGAUGUGAUGCAGCCUUAGCAGCGAUGUCUGAUUCCAGUACUCGGAGACCAUGCAGAAAUGUCCGUUCCUGAGAAAACUCGGGGUUGGGGUUAAUUCUUUUUUUUUACAGUUUGUUUUUAUGCUUUCAGCAGGGUUACUCCUUAAAAUGACAUCUGCCUCUUGCAAGGGCAGGGUGUGUCUGCUCUUCUAGCUGUGUUUCCACACCAACGUACCUGCCUGCCCCAGUCUGUCCUGUCCUCACAAUUAAAUGCGAGUAUGGGCUA